GGGGAUGAGGGCGUGGCUCGGCUUCCCGCUUCCGCCGCCGCCACCGGAAGCGCUGGUCGCCGCCAUGGCCUCAAGGUUACUGCGGGUGAGCGCGGCCCUGCGGCUGCUGCCCGGUGCUUCCGUCCGCCGCUUCGCCGGCCCCGGCAGCCUGGCCAGCGAUGAGGAGCAGGCGACGGGGCUGGAGCGGAAGGUGAUGGAGGCCAUGAACAAGGGCCUGGACCCCUACAGCAUGUUCCGGCCGAAGCGCUACGCGGGGACCAAGGAGGACCCCAACCUCGUCCCCUCCAUCACCAACAAGCGCAUCGUGGGCUGCGUCUGCGAAGAGGACAACAGCUGCGUCAUCUGGUUCUGGCUGCACGAAGGGGAAGCCCAGCGCUGCCCCUCCUGCGGCACCCACUACAAGCUGAUCCCCCAUGAGCUGCCCCACUAAGGCCCCACGGGGGGGGGGGGGGGCUGUGGUGACCCCCCCCAGCACUCACUGGGGGUCACACUGACACCCCCCUCUCCCCAGCACCCACUGGGCAUCUUCUGGGCUGAGCUGAGCUGCCACCACUUUGCCCCACUGUGUGUACCCCCCCCCAUAAAGAGUUUGUGUGUGUGGUGA